AUGCUUCUUGUAAGCCUCCUCCUUUUGUUCCAGUUUGUCAAUGCCGUUUUUGAUUGUUCAACAAUUGAUCGACUUGACAUACCAUGUGCAAAGGAAUUCACAGAAUCUACUUUACUCCGUUUAGAGGCAGAUGCCGACGAGACUUUGAGUAUCUUAAUUUGUUCGCACUCCACGGAACGCCCCGUUGAAAUUGAAGUCUUCGAAGAGUGUACGUCAGAAGGGUUUCAGUCAUUGAAAGAUUCAUACUCUUCUAGGACGUGCAAAGGGAGUUCUUCUCUAAAGAAGGAAGUGACGAAAGGACAACAUGCUUACUUAAAUAUCACUAUUCCCGAAAACACGACUUACGAAGUGAGCAUUCAGGUUGUGGAAAUCAAUGAUAAGAACUUUUUCAAAAAGUACUUCAAGUACUUUGUAAUAGCUGCCAUAACGAUUAUAUUGUGUUUAUGGGCACUUCUUGUAGCAGUAAUAGCAUCGAGAAAACAUAAAAAAGACUCAAAAAAGGAAGAGGUCUUGUUACACUAA